AUGUAUGACAAUUAUGGGGAGAUCUGUCGAAACCUGUGCACAUGUGAGGAGAAGGAAGGGAUCCUGACGGUGAGCUGCGAAAACCGGGGAAUCAUCAGGCUGACGGAGGUCAGCCCGGUCCAUUUCUCCAUGUACCACCUCCUGCUGACGGGGAAUCUCCUGAAGAAGCUGUCAGUCAAUGAUUUCAUCAAUUACACCGGUGUGACCAUCCUGCACUUGGGGAACAAUGAUAUCUCUGAGAUAGAGUCGGGUGCUUUCAACGGACUCCAGGGAUUAAAAAGGUUGCACCUGAAUAACAACAAGAUUGAUGUUUUGAGGGAUGACACCUUUGCAGGACUUGAGAGUUUGGAAUAUCUACAGAUUGAUUAUAAUUACAUCACCAAUAUAGAGCCCAACGCCUUGAGCAAACUACACCAACUGACAGUGAUGAUUUUGAACGACAACCUGCUCUCUGCUCUGCCCCCAAAUAUCUUCCGGAAUGUUCCCCUUACGCACUUGGACCUGAGGGGGAACCGGUUAAAAAUGUUUCCUUACAUUGGCCUCCUGGAGCACAUGGACAAAGUUGUGGAAUUACAACUAGAGGAGAAUCCGUGGAAUUGCUCCUGUGAGCUCAUUGCUCUGAAGGCUUGGCUGGAGAGUAUAGCCUAUACGGCUCUGGUGGGAGAAGUGGUGUGCGAGACACCGUUCAGGCUCCACGGUAGGGACCUGGACGAGGUGUCCAAGCAGGAACUAUGUCCAAGAAGACCCCUAGAAGACACGGUCAGGCCAGCACCCCCUAGCAGCACAAGUGGAUAUUACCAGACCACACCUGCUGCUGUCACAGCCUCCGCCACAUCCUCAGCUGUUUUUAGGUCCUCUUCUAGGCCUACCAAGGGCACACGCCAAUUUAACAGAACUAGGUUAAAGCCCACUUCCCGAAUACCAGGUGGUAACCCUUACAACUAUGGCCCAAUCAUUGCUUUUCAGACAAAAUCUCCUGUGCCUUUGGACUGUCCCACUGCCUGCACGUGUAACCUGCAGAUAUCUGAAAUCGGGCUAAAUGUCAACUGUCAAGAGAGAAAGAUUGAAAGCAUUUCUGAUCUAAAACCCAAGCCAUACAAUCCUAAAAAGAUUCGACACUAUGGAGUCCACUUCCGCUUCCUGGACACCAUCAUCAGCCAAGACCUCAAGUGGGAACUGAACAUCAACUCCUGCACCAAGAUAGCCUAG